GAAGGAAACCGCUCCCGAACGCGGCGGCCUCGUCUCUAGGCCGUGCAGCUGCUGCCACCGCCGUCUGUCUGCCUGUCCUCCUGUCGGUCCACCCGCAGCAUGAGUGGCCUGCGCGUCUACAGCACGUCGGUCACCGGCUCCCGCGAAAUCAAGUCCCAGCAGAGUGAGGUGACCCGCAUCCUGGAUGGGAAGCGCAUCCAGUACCAGCUAGUGGACAUCUCCCAAGACAACGCCCUGCGGGACGAGAUGCGAGCCUUGGCCGGCAACCCUAAGGCCACCCCACCCCAGAUUGUCAACGGGGACCAGUACUGUGGGGACUAUGAGCUCUUCGUGGAGGCUGUGGAACAAAACACACUGCAGGAGUUCCUGAAACUGGCCUGAGCCAAGUCACCCCCCUGGACUUCGUCAUCACAUUCCCCGCCCCCAGCGAUCACCCCGCCAUGAAGGACCUUGUGACCAACUCCCUGUUAUUCCUAACCUUCUGAACGGGGAGCCCCUCCCCUCAACCCAAGACCCCUUCUCCUCCCCUAACUGUAAGCCCCCUCUUCUCCAUUCAGCAGCAACAUUCCUCACCCACCGGUCUCAGAAAUUGUCUUAAGCAACAGCCCAAGUGCUGGUUGUCCUCAGCUCGGUCCUGAGGCUGCCACCCUGCCUGGCACUGGCUGAUGGGCACCUUUGUUGAUUCCAUUAGCCAAGGCUCUGCCAAAGGCCCCGCAAUCCCCGUCCGGGAGCACCGCAGAAACAAUUAAAUGUUCCAUUCCAUUGGCA